CUUGUUUGUUGCUCUCACUCUGCCCCUUUCCCUCUCCUUCUAAUUUUUGAAACCCUAACAAGUGAUUUUUUUAAGUCUAGGGUUGGUCAAAGUCGUCUAUCUCCUAUGGGAUUUUGAUUUUGAUUCGAUUUGUUCAUUUCCAAGUUCUUUUUCUUUAAUUUAAUUUAUGUGUAAAUUUUGCACACCUUCAAACUGCACGCAACUGUAUGCUUAAUGCCUACUGAUUUUUCCUUCUCUUCUAUUUCAGUCCCUUAAUUUCAUUUAUCAAAAAAAAAAAAAAAAAAUUUGCGCCCUUUAAUUUUCUUAUGGUGGUUUCAUCAGCAAUCCCCUUGUAAUGCAGAAACCUUGCUGGAAAUAGCUUCACUGGUGGCAUCCCUUAUUCCAUAUCUCAGAUGACUUCCCUAAAAUACCUAACUUUUGUGAUGCCUUCUAGGAUGUGUAUUAAUCCAAUACAUAAUAAUAAAGGGCUUUUUCAUCAGUCAGACAAUGCAAAUUCAGAGGAAAGGUGGGCUGCUAGCUCCUGUGCCAUGGAUUCGUUGUAUGAUUUGGAGCUCAUUUCCAACACUGUUCCUGUAGUUUUUGACAAUUCUGAAACAUGGCAUCUGGCUCUAUCAACAAGCUUGAAGUUGGGGAGUAGAGGGAUGGCCCAUGUACAAAAAAUUACUCGUGUUGAUCUCAAAGAGAAAAGUCAAUAUUCAAAUAUCUUGCUCAUUAAUCGAACUGCUAGCCCUCUUGCAUGGUUUAUGGAGUGCAAAGAUCGAAAAAACCACACUGCUACAAUGUUGCCAUAUUCAUUUCUUCCUUCAAUGGCUGCCCAGAAACUACGACAUGCAGCAGAAAAGGUUUACCAUGUACAAUCUUUUUAAGUUAUGAUUAUCUACUCAGUUCAGGUGAAAUAGCACAUGAUUUACCAUGUAUUGGCUAUUUGCACUGUCUGCUAACAAAUACUUGGUCCAGUUAUCUUGUUAAUAUCUUUUGACUGCACAUAAAGUUUCUCUUCAAUUAAUGCAAGAAAAAAGUAAACUCAAGGAAGC